CUCAGGCAGGGACCUUCUGACGUGUUCCUGCAGUCUGUACAGAGCCACCGAAGGCUCGUUAGCCAGGACAUACAUACUCUCCGUGAAUUUGUCUGACACUGCAGGAGAAAACGGCACAGACAAAUGCGUGAUAUACAAGGCCAUAGUUAGAGAGAAAAAUACAACAUUAUAGAAAACAUCCAGCAGCAUGAGAGAGGCAAAUGUGUUGACGUUUAAAUGACAUAGCAUUAGCUUAAUAGCUAGAAUACAAGCUAGAACAGCUAACAACAUUAGCAGCAAUGAGAACAUAGACAAAAAGAAGAGUUCCUCCUCCAAGAGUACAAAAUGCUGUGAAACGUCGUUUUUCCCGAAAGGAAGUUACGGCCGAUUAGACUGCGAGGCUGGAUGCGCGGUCAUGGAGGCCGAAGGUGAUGAAGAGGUUGCAGAUGGACAAAAUAUUCCACCAUCUAAUGCGAAUACUUGUCCCUCCGAGCCCAGAGAUGAGAGAUCCAAUGUGUCUCCAGAGAACAUGGAUGUGGAUGAGGAUGGUUUGUUCAAACACUCCACCACGCUCACCAACAAGCAGCGUGGGAAUGAGGUUACAGUGCGGCCAGCAACAUUAGACUCUCUGUCAAUACAUCAGUUGGCAGCUCAGGGUGAGGUUUCACAAGUGGCUACACACCUGAUAAAAGACACUUCACUGCUCAGCAAACAGGAUGAACGGGGCUUCACACCUCUAAUGUGGGCAGCUGCGUUUGGAGAGAAAGCAAUGGUUGAUUUCCUGUUGGAAAAGGGCGCAGACCCCAAAACAAUAGCAAGGGAGAGGGAGAGUGCCCUGACACUGGCCAGCUCUGGAGGUUAUGUGGACAUUGUGGAGUCUCUUCUGAAAUAUGGAGUUGACAUUAACACUUAUGACUGGAAUGGUGGUACUCCUCUUCUUUAUGCUGUACGAGGGAACCACAUCAAAUGUGUAGAAGCACUUUUAGACAAAGGCGCAGACAUGACUAUUGAGUCAGAUUCUGGGUACAGUCCCAUGGCCUUAGCUGUUGCCCUUGGACACAAAAAGAUUCAGAAAGUGCUGGAGGACUAUAUUCUGAAACUCUAUAAGCAGCCAACAUGACACCACUUUAAAUCAAUACAUGGACACAGUUGAUCUCGGAUCUACAACAAGUUGUCAGAAUGUGGUGAUGGACGGAAGAUGACCAAGACCUAUGUUAUUGAAUUAAAUCAUUGUGAUAGACAACCAUUAUGCGUAGAGAGAUUAACACUGAGUGAACAGUGUUUUUUUAUUUUAUGAACAGUUUAUUCCAUUUGUAUACAUGACAAUGUAAAAUCAAAGACUAAAUACAAAAGUUGUUUAACAGAUUUUUUCUGUUUCGCUGAGAUACGUUUUAAUAAAAAUAUAUUUUUA